CUGGGUGAGGGCACGCGCGGGGCCGUGUGCAAAGAUUCCCAGUGCCGAAUGCAGUGUGAUGAGUGAGAGGGUGCCAAUUGGUUGGAAGGAUGUAGGUAAACAAGAGCAAAUAUAUAUCCAGCAGCGUGCAGCCUGCCCGAGUUCUGAAGCCGGCUGCUGGACUUGGCUGGCAGCCUCUCACCGAACUGGCUCCAGAGCAGAGGGGACUCUGCAGGACUGAGCACAGCAGGUGGCCUGCCCCUGCUACUUAGGGGGACACUUUUAAAGCAUUUGCUCCUCCCAUGACCAGGUAGUGUGGUGAGGGUGAACUGCUUGCUCGAAUGGUGGGUAAAGGUGUGACUGUGGACACUGCGAUGGAGGAAGCUGGGGGUGAGACGCCCAGGAGCCCUGAGCCAUCCUUCCUGGCGACCCUGGGUGACCCACAGGUGACCCUGGUGUCCGUCCACAAGCGGUGGUCCUUCAGGAGGAACCCUGGGGCCAGGGGCUCCAGCAGGCCAGUGACUUCGGAGGAGGAAGGAGAGUGUUCACAGAAGGUUUUGAAUGGAACACGGGGAAUCCGUUCCAAUCAGAUCUUGUCUAAACUUUCCUUGCCCGCUCGUGCCCGGGAGCCAGCGAUGAAGCAGAGUUUUGCCUUUGACAAUGUCGGCUACGAAGGCGGCCUGGACACUGUGGACCCCCCUCAGACGGCCACCGGCACCAUCAGCAUUUCGGGCAUGACUUGCCAGUCAUGUGUAAAGUCUAUCGAGGGCAGGAUUUCCAGCCUGAAAGGCAUCGUGAGCAUUAAGGUUUCCCUGGAACAGGGCAGUGCGACGGUGAGGUAUGUGCCGUCCAUCCUGAGCCUGCCGCAGAUUUGCCGUCACAUUGAGGACAUGGGCUUUGAGGCCAGCGUUGCAGAGGGAAAGGCUGCCUCCUGGCCUUCGAGGUCCUCGCCUGGCCUCGAGGCUGUGGUCAAGCUUCGGGUGGAAGGCAUGACCUGCCAGUCCUGCGUCAGCUCCAUCGAAGGCAAGCUCGGGAAACUGCAGGGAGUAGUGAGAGUCCGAGUGUCCCUCAGCACCCAGGAGGCAGUUAUUACAUACCAGCCUUACCUGAUUCAGCCCCAGGACCUCAGGGACCACGUCAGUGACAUGGGCUUUGAAGCUGUCAUCAAGAACAAAGUGGCGCCCGUAAGCCUGGGACCCAUCGAUAUCGGGCGCUUACAGAGCACCAAUCCAAAGACCCCUUUGGCAUCUGAUAACCAGUCUCUCAAUAACUCUGAGACCUCAGAGCACCAAGGGAGCCACACGGUCACCCUGCAACUGAGAGUAGAUGGAAUGCACUGUACGUCUUGUGUCAUGAAUAUUGAAGAAAACAUAGGCCAGCUGCCCGGGGUUCAAAGUGUUCAAGUGUCCUUGGAGAGCAGACUGGCCCAAGUACAGUAUGACCCUUCUCGCGUCACCGCCACCGCCCUGCAGAGGGCCAUCGAAGCGCUUCCACCUGGGAACUUCAAAGUCUCUCUUCCUGAUGGUGUGACAGGAAAUGGGACAGGUCGCAGGUCUUCCAACCGUGUUGUCCCUGCCCCCACGCUGAGACCCCAGGUGCAGGGGGUGUGCGAUACUGUGGUGCUCGCCAUUGCUGGCAUGACCUGUGCGUCCUGUGCCCAGUCCAUCGAAGGCCUCAUCUCCCAAAGGGAAGGGGUACAGCGGAUAUCGGUCUCUGUGGCUGACGGGACUGGCGUGGUUCUCUAUGAUCCGUCUGUUACUAACCCGGAAGAACUCCGAGCUGCUGUUGAAGAAAUGGGAUUUGAGGCUUCAGUCAUUUCUGAAAACUAUUCCACCAACCAUGUUGGAAACCACAGUGCGGGGACUUCCCCAGCGCCCCCCGAAGCUGGCGUUCCUGUGUUUGUACAGGAAGUGGCUCCCCGUGCCGGGGAGCCCCCUAAAAACCACAACUCCGGCUCCUCGUCCGAGCCCCCACAGGCCUCUACCACGGUGGCUCCCCAGAAGUGCUUUCUACAGAUUGGAGGCAUGACCUGUGCAUCCUGUGUGUCCCACAUAGAGAAGAGCCUGCAGAAGGAAGCAGGUAUUCUGUCAGUGCUGGUUGCCCUCAUGGCUGGGAAGGCAGAGGUCAAGUAUAACCCAGAAGUCAUCCAGCCCCUGGAGAUAGCUCAGCUCAUCCAGGACAUGGGCUUUGAGGCGACAGUAAUGGAAGACUACACAGGCUCCGAUGGCGACCUCGAACUCAUCAUCACGGGGAUGACCUGUGCGUCCUGUGUUCACAACAUUGAGUCCAGACUCACAAGGACAAACGGCAUCACUUACGCCUCUGUGGCCCUUGCCACCAGCAAAGCCCACGUGAAAUUUGAUCCUGAAAUUAUCGGUCCACGGGAUAUUGUCCGAAUUAUCGAGGAAAUCGGCUUUCAUGCUUCCCCGGCCCAGAGAAACUCCGGCGCGCAUCACUUGGACCACAAGGUGGAAAUAAAGCAGUGGAGGAAGUCUUUCCUGUGCAGCCUGGUGUUCGGCAUCCCCGUCAUGGGUCUCAUGAUCUACAUGCUGGUGCCCAGCCAUGAGCCCCACGAGGCCAUGGUCCUGGACCGCAACAUCAUUCCGGGACUGUCCAUCCUCAAUCUCAUCUUCUUUAUCUUGUGUACCUUUGUCCAGCUCCUCGGUGGGUGGUACUUCUACGUCCAGGCCUACAGGUCUCUGAAGCAUGGGACAGCCAACAUGGACGUGCUCAUCGUGCUGGCUACCACCAUCGCCUACACCUACUCAUUUGUCAUCCUAGUGGUGGCCGUAGCCGAGAAGGCGGAGAGGAGCCCCGUGACCUUCUUCGACACCCCCCCCAUGCUCUUUGUGUUCAUUGCCCUGGGGCGGUGGCUGGAACACGUGGCAAAGAGCAAAACCUCAGAAGCCCUUGCCAGACUCAUGUCUCUCCAAGCCACAGAAGCCAUCGUUGUCACCCUUGGUGAGGACAACUUGAUUGUCAGGGAGGAGCAGGUGCCCAUGGAGCUGGUGCAGCGGGGCGACGUCAUCAAGGUUGUCCCCGGGGGGAAGUUCCCAGUGGAUGGGAAAAUCUUGGAAGGCAACACCAUGGUGGACGAGUCCCUCAUCACAGGAGAAGCCAUGCCUGUCACGAAGAAACCUGGAAGCAUAGUGAUUGCUGGGUCUAUAAAUGCACAUGGCUCUGUACUCGUUAAUGCCACUCACGUGGGCAAUGACACCACAUUGGCUCAGAUCGUGAAAUUGGUAGAAGAGGCUCAGAUGUCAAAGGCACCCAUUCAGCAACUGGCUGACCGGUUUAGUGGGUAUUUUGUCCCAUUUAUCAUCAUCAUUUCAACGCUGACGUUGGUGGUAUGGAUUAUAAUCGGUUUUAUCGAUUUUGGUGUUGUUCAGAAAUACUUUCCUACCCACAGCAAGCACAUCUCCCAGGCAGAGGUGAUCAUCCGGUUUGCGUUCCAGACGUCCAUCACCGUGCUGUGCAUCGCCUGCCCCUGCUCCCUGGGCCUGGCCACGCCCACAGCGGUCAUGGUGGGCACCGGGGUGGCCGCCCAGAAUGGCAUCCUCAUCAAAGGAGGCAAGCCUCUGGAGAUGGCCCACAAGAUAAAGACCGUGAUGUUUGACAAAACUGGCACCAUCACCCAUGGGGUCCCCAAAGUCAUGAGGGUCCUCCUGCUCGUGGAUGUGGCCAUGAUGCCCCUCAGGAAGGUUCUUGCUGUGGUGGGGACUGCAGAGGCCAGCAGCGAGCACCCCUUGGGCGUGGCAAUCACCAAGUACUGUAAAGAGGAAUUGGGAACCGACUCCUUGGGAUACUGCACGGACUUCCAAGCAGUGCCCGGCUGUGGAAUCGGCUGCAAAGUCAGUAGUGUGGAGGGCCUCCUGGCCCACAGCGAGAGCCAGCAGAGCAAACAGGCGGCUCCCCCGAGCAGGGCUGGCAGCGCUCCCGAGGAAAUAGACGUGACCCCCCAGACCUUCUCUGUGCUCAUCGGGAACCGCGAAUGGAUGAGGCGCAACGGCCUAACCAUUUCCAGCGACGUCAGUGACGCGAUGGCGAAUCAUGAGCUGAAAGGCCAGACGGCCGUGCUGGUGGCCGUUGACGGCGUGCUCUGUGCCAUGAUCGCCAUCGCCGACGCAGUCAAGCAGGAGGCAGCCCUGGCCGUGCACACGCUGAAGAGUAUGGGUGUGGACGUGGUUCUGAUCACAGGGGACAACCGGAAGACGGCCAGAGCCAUCGCCACCCAGGUUGGUAUCAACAAAGUCUUUGCAGAGGUGCUACCUUCUCACAAGGUGGCCAAGGUCCAGGAGCUCCAGAAUGAAGGGAAGAAAGUUGCCAUGGUAGGAGACGGGAUUAAUGACUCGCCGGCCUUGGCCCAGGCUGAUGUGGGCAUUGCCAUCGGGACAGGCACGGAUGUCGCCAUCGAGGCUGCUGACGUUGUCCUCAUUAGAAACGAUUUGCUCGAUGUGGUGGCUAGCAUUCACCUCUCCAAGAGGACCGUCUGGAGAAUACACCUCAACCUGGUGCUGGCGUUGAUUUAUAACCUGAUCGGAAUACCCAUCGCGGCAGGGGUCUUCAUGCCCAUCGGCAUCGUGCUGCAGCCGUGGAUGGGCUCGGCGGCCAUGGCGGCCUCCUCUGUGUCUGUGGUUCUCUCGUCGCUGCAGCUCAAGUGCUAUAAGAAGCCUGACCUGGAGCGGUAUGAGGCCCAGGCCCAGGGCCGCAUGAAGCCCCUGACAGCGUCGCAGGUGAGCGUGUACAUCGGCAUGGAUGACCGGCGGCGGGACUCCCCGAGGGCCACACCCUGGGACCAGAUGACCCUGUAGGAGCUGGUGGGAAUGAAACCACUCUGCUUCCUGCACUUUCGCACACAGCAUGGGCAAGAGCAUAGACACCACUGUGUGGGUUUAUUCCAGAGGGAGACGUCUACUUGUCUGCUGUUUUCCUUUGUGUGAAGACAAUGACAACGGUUGAAAUUACAGGAUAGACUAUGAGAAGUUAAAUAAUGCCACGAAAUCCCUGAGUCUUCUUUAUUCUAUUCGAAAAGAUGAAUAAACAGAUGUGAAAUCAUCCGUGGGCUAAGAUGAAAACAAGAAUUGAGGGAAAUUUAACAUUUUUUUUGUCUGAAAAAGAAAUGGCCAUCAUUUCUUCUUAUUUAAUGUAAACGUAACGACUGCUUAUGGCAAAAAUUUGAACACAGGGAAAUAUAGAAGGGGGGGCACCCAAAGGAUACCCCAUGAACAUGAUUUUGUGGAAAGUGUCCUGUGUGGGUGAAUCACACUAAGACCUCGAGGGGGCAAAGCCUGUCUGCACCCAGGGGCCCAGCUCCCAGAUCUCCCGGUGCUGUAGUGAGCAGCGGAUAGAACUGUGGGGAACCCACAGAUGCCCAGGUCCCAGUGAGGUCAGGAAACAGUGUUCAAAGACCAAGAGGACUGGCCGCAGGCUCUGUGCUGGUGCCCCACUGGUUCUGUCUCCUGCUCACCCUGUCCUCGCAAUGAUCUUGAGAACGAUAGGCAUCAGCCUCGUUUCCUUAGAUGGAGGGUCCAUGCUUAGGGGAGUCCAGCUGUCUGUGCAGGAGACAAAGCUGGGAAGGGUGUUCAAGCCCAUUUGGCUCUUGUCCUGCCAGGCUCACCUACCUCCCUGCAAAGGUGAUGCCCAGUGCUCUCAGGAUAAGCUGGGUCUCUGUGCCCUGCCCUCCCCGCUCCCCAUAGCAUGCCUUGGGUAAGAGAAGUGUCCUUUCACGGGACAGUGUGUUUUAUCGCAAGAGCCACCAGGUGUCUCUCUGACCAAAACAACCUCCUAAUCUGCUGCACGAUCCCAAAUUCUCUUAAUCUUUUUUUUUUUUUUUCUUGACGCACCUGGAAAUUCAAAUAAAGCUCAUCGUAAUGUGAAUAGGAGAUGGGACAGAAGGUGAGGCUGGAGUCCAGCUCUGGCAUGGGGCACCUCCAAGCUAUGGUGUGUGUGUUCAUGUCUGUGCUGUUAGCCCGCAUUUAGCCCUGCAGAGUAUGUCACUGGGAUGACUCGGCAGUGAACUUCUCUGCCGUCACGUGUGUCUGUCUGGGCUUCGUGCUUUCUAAGUUAAGAUAUUUUUUUUUUUUAAGCUUGAACAUUUAAAAAAGGGGGGGAUGGUUUUAAAGGCUCGUGGUGAUUGUCAGUGUCCCCAAAGCUCUAAGUUCUGAGACUCCUGUGUUGGCCGUGGGUUUAGAGACCUCCACCCCAAGUCCCUGGGGAGAAGUGUGUCCCCCCCCCCGUAAUGUACAUAUGGCCCCCUUGGGGUUACUUGAUCCUGAGCAGGGCUUACCUGCUACAGACCUCUAUCUCCUCUUCUAUUCGGUGAGGAGCACUGCCUAUUUCCUGUCCCAAGUGCAAGGUGGCCCAUGGUCACCGGUAACCUCCUUAGGCAAUGCAGGUGUGCUGUCUCCUGUAGAUCUUCCUGAGAAAGAACAAAGGGUGACCUGGGGCCCUCCGCUUCCUCGUCUGCACAAAAUGGUGUAAUAAUAGUUUCCCUGUCCCAGGAUAGUGGUGAGGAGAGGAAAGCACGCGCUGAACACACAACAAAUGUUAGCUGCUGCCAUUGACGCCAUGCGUGACAGUGGAUGUGUUCUAGAUGAACAGCUCACCACCUUUGCACACAAGCACUCGAAACCCACCCUUGUGGGUUCCCUCGCCAGCCCCAAGAAAGCACGGUCUUAAUGGGUCUGCUUCUCAGACCUCCUGGGCUGUGUGGCUUGCUCUAAAAGAAGCAGGCUUUGUCCAGUAGCUGCGCAGCAGGCCGGAUUCCCCUCCUCGCUUCCCGGUGGUUCUAGAGCAUCAGGCUCUAGACGUGGAGCCUGUGUUCCAAGAACGUGGCAGCGGGAGGCCACGCCCUGGAGGACAGAGUAAGAGUACCCACUGCCGACCCGAGUUCAAAACCCGAUUCCACACCGUGAGAAGGUCACCCUGCCUUCUGAGCUUCCAAUCAGUGUAGAAGAGAGGAGUUCCUCCUUCCCCGGCGUGUGUAGCCUACAUGCAACGGACGGUUUGAAAGAUACACAGUGAGAAUUAGAAAAGUGAUGAAGUAAAGGGUGCUAGUGAGCCGGAGCGACAAAAAAGGAAAGUGGCUUCUUUUUACCGCAUCCUGCCAGCCUGGUUUAGAACCCAUGUGUGUACUGUUCAGGACUUGAGCGUUUUCACCAAUCUCUUUUGAUGCCUUUCCUUUCU